AUGGUUAUAGAGAAAGACGAACCACUAACACCGGCCGGUCGCUUGUUCGUACAGCCGGCAACGGAUCAAAUCAUCAACUGCGUUCUUGGACUGGAUCGUCCGGUUGGAAUCGAAGUCGCACGAUCGGUAAUCUCUGAUUCUCUCCUUAUCAAGCACCCUAGAUUCACCAGCCUUUUGGUCAAGGAUAAUCACGGUCGUGAGCGCUGGAAAAAAGUCGAGCUUGAAAUCGACCGCCACAUCAUCUGUCUCCCUGACGCACUCGGUGAUCACGAUGACGAGACGAUAGUCAAUGACUACAUCGCCGACCUGACAGUCUCGUGUCCGUUGAGCACAGAUAAGCCACUUUGGGAGAUACACAUCUUACCGCCACACAAGUGUGUCGUGAUCCGUCUCCAUCACGCUCUCGGUGACGGAGUUUCUCUUCUGUCGUUAAUGUUGACUAUGUGUAGAAAAGUCGGCGACGGCGAUAAGAUGCCGACGAUCAAACCACUGUCUACUUCUAGAAGCAACCAUAGGGAGAGUGGGGUAGAAAGAUUCUGGAAGUUGUUGAAAAUGAUGUGGUUUACUUUGAUUUAUAUGUUGGAGUUUUUCAUGAGGAGCCUGUGGGUCCGGGAUAGGGAGACGGCGGUGAGAGGCGGAGCAGGCGUGGAGCUCUGGCCGAGGAAACUGGCGACUGCCAAGUUUAGCCUUGAUGAUAUGAAAACGGUUAAGAGCUCUGGCAUUAACACUACGAUUAAUGACGUCCUUUUUGCUGUAAUAUCAUCUGGACUAUCAAGAUAUCUGGAAAUCCAUUCGCGGAAACCUCCUCAACAAGGAACUCAAAUGACUGGUGCAGCCAUUGUUAAUCUAAGACCAUCACAAGGAAUCCAGGAAAUCACAGAAUUAAUGAAGAAAAAAUCUGGAUCAAGGUGGGGAAACAAAUUUGGUAUGAUGCUCUUACCAAUUUACUACCAUACAAAUGGCUCCGAUCCUCUUGAGUAUUUAAAGAGAGCCAAGAAGAUGAUCGAUAGGAAGAAGCUGUCUUUAGAGCCUUUUCUAUCAUACAAAAUCGGCUACUUUGUGAUGAAAUGUUUUGGAGCAAAGUUUGCAAGCUUGCUUAAUUACAGGAUCAUAUGCAACACUAGUUUCACGAUUUCAAAUGUGGUUGGCCCGCAAGAAGAGGUCAUGAUUGCAGGCAUACCGGUUACCUACAUCAGAACCACGUCUUCGAGCUUAGCACAUGCAAUUACUAUGCAUAUGAUGAGUUAUGCAGGAAAGGCUGAAAUGCAAAUCCUUGUGGCUAAAGAUCUCAUUCCUCAACCAGAAAAAUUAGCUAAAUGUUUUGAAGAUGCACUACUUGAAAUGAAGCAAGCUGCAUUGAAAAUAGGAGAAAAGCCCCCUAAAUUCCCACAAAAUUCUGGGUAAAAAUGAAGAUCUCAAUAUCAGGUAGAAAU